CAUGCUCGAAUUUUAAUUGAGGCCUUCAAAUUUAAAAUCAUCCGGCUUUAAAAUUUAUGAAGCUUCGAAUAAUUUAGAAGUACAAUAUUUUGCAUACUACUAUACCUAAGCCUAUAAUGAAGCAUAUAGAUAAUUAGAUUUAUAGCCUAUAUCAGAAUUUUUAAGAGAGCCUAUAAAUAUAUCUAACACAGCUAGUAGAUAUGUUUUUUUUAAAUAUUGUGGUAGUUUUAGAUUAGCUGAUAUAACAAAGAAGCUUAUUGAAACUGAAAUUAUUAAUAUUUUAGGAUAAUUAAUCUAAGCUAUUUAUGCAUUGAAUAAAUGUAAAUUAAUGGGAAGAUGCUUUAAUAUUUACAAUAUUUUGGUCACAAAUAUUUAAAAAGGGAAAUUUUGCAUCAAAUUAAUGGAUUUUGGCUUUGGGCCUCCUCUCGACUAUUAACCAAUAACCAGUUAUUUAAAUAAUGGAUAUUAUGAUUAUUAAUUUGAUUUAUUUCUAAUUGGAAGGAUUUUGUUUUUUCUUUUAACAAAUAAGGAUAUUCCAGAUCAUGAAGAACAUGUUUAAAUGUGGAAUGAAACAAUUAACAAUAUUAACAGGUCUUCAUAUUCUAAAAAUCUUUAGGACAUAUGUAAAAAGCUCAUUUCUCCUAAUUAAUAAAUUGGAUAUAACUUCUUAAAUCUUGUUUCUGAUGUUUUAAAAUUAACAGAACAUGAAUUUAAAUUUGAUCAGAUAUAAUAGUUUUAUAGCUAGAAUCAAGAUAUAUUUUUAGAAAUUAAUUAAGAAAUUUAGAGAAGAGAUAAAAUUAUUUUGAUUAUUCCAAAACUUAUUCCACCUAUUUUGCCAGAAUAAAGCCUUGAUAGAAUCUUAAUAUUUGGUUUUGAACCGGAAAGUAUUGAAAUUCAUAAGUAUCUGAACUUUAAACUAUUCAAUAUAACAAUAAUUAAAUAUGCCAUAGAAAAUAUAAAACUUAAAUUUAAUCCUAGUGAUCAUAUAUCUGUUCCUCUUUCAUUAUUUGUGCUUGAAAAAAUGAAAUGCAUUAUUCUUUGUAAAUUAUGUUUAAUGUUUGAAAAUAAAAAUUUUGAAAUAUUUAGCACAUAAGUAAUUUAAGAUUUCAUUUAAUCGUCACAAUAUAAAAAUUGUUUAGCUAAAUUGAAAGAAUUAAAAUACUUACAAAUUUAGGAAAUGUCAACUCAUUUAGAAACUUUAUAUAAAACUUUACAAGCUAAUUUCCCUGAUUAUUAAAAUAAUUUAAUUUAUAAAGAUACUUAUAAAUUUUUAUCCAAAGAUAACUUUAUUUCAAAAUUUGAGGAAAUCAAAAGUUAAUAUAGAUUACCUUUAAAUAAUUUAAUAACAAAAAUAGAAAAUUUGGAUGAAGAUAAAAGCAAUAGAUAAUUUCGAUUAGAAGUAUUAAUGAGUAUUCUCAUAAAUAAAAUAGGAGAGAUUAAGAAUACGCAUUAUAGAACAAUAAUGAAAUCAUAACAAAUAAAUGAGAUUAAUUCCCUACUCUAAGUAAAUGAUUUCUUAUUUAAAGCUAAUAUAUAAGAAUUAGAUGAAUAAUAUGAUGAAUUAAGAAGCUUAUACUUUAGAUGA